AUGGACCAUCUAACAGCCCGUUGCCUGAGAGGUUCAGUGCCAGAUGCUGUCAAAGAGCCUAAGUGCUCAAAAGUCAAUGGUUACCAGAUAAAAGUGGAAUUUAAAUGUCCAGUUGGCAAUUAUUCUCAAAUCCGGGUGUUGGUCAAUGAUAAACCAAGUGAUAACUGCAGCUGUACUGAAAGCAAUACAAUAUCAGGCCUUCAGCCUGCUCAAGAAUACAAGGUUAAAAUAAUCACUUUGGGAACAGACAAAUUCGCUGACACCGAGAUUUUGAAAUGCUACACUGAUAGUACAGGAGUUAUUGUUGGAUCAGUAUUUGGCAUUUUAUUAUUUCUUCUUCUCAUUGGAUUGAUUGUCUUCUUCGUCUUGAAAAAAAGACGGUCAAAGAGUAACUCUGAACAUAUACCAAUUUCUACUAAAAGAAAAAGAUUUCACACCAUAACAAAAGAAAGAUUUAAACAGAAUUAUGAAAAUAAACAUGCAAACAGUGACCUUGGAUUUGCAGAAGAAUAUCAGGAACUAAGCUCUGUAGGAACAUUACAGCCAAAAAGAGCUGCCGAACUACCAGAGAACAAAGCAAAGAACCGGUUUACCAAUGUUCUGCCAUAUGAUCAUUCUCGAGUCAAACUAACCACUGUAAAUGAUACAGCCACUACUGAUUAUAUCAAUGCCAACUUCAUGCCUGGUUAUAAUUCUACAAAGGAGUUUAUAGCCAGCCAGGGUCCGUUGCCAAAUACCACUGCAGAUUUCUGGAGGAUGGUUUGGGAGCAUCAUGUUAACACCAUUGUAAUGCUGACUAACUGCAUGGAAAAUGGUCGGGUAAAAUGCGAACGAUACUGGCCACUGGAUUACACACCCUGCACGUACGGAGAUAUUACAGUUACUGUUACAUCAGAUACUAUCUUGCCUGAGUGGACAACUAGAGAUUUCUCAGUAAAACAUGCAAAACAACCCGGAGUACUUUAUAUUCGUCAUUUUCAUUUCACGGCUUGGCCUGAUCAUGGGGUUCCAGAUUCCACCUCAUCUAUCAUCCAGUUUCGUAAUCUUGUCAGAGAACACAUGGACCAGCGAAAGAGCAACGGACCCACUGUUGUGCACUGCAGUGCGGGAGUUGGUCGUACUGGAACUUUAAUAGCCUUAGACUACCUAAUCCAGCAGAUGGAGAGGGAGCAUCGUAUUGGGACUUUUGCCUAUGUGGAAAAGAUGAGAAUGAACAGAGGUCUAAUGGUGCAGACAGAGGAACAAUAUAUAUUUCUCAACAAGUGUAUGCUGGACUUAAUUGAUCAACCUUCAGAGGAAAAUAUUUAUGAAAAUCAGGUUCCAACAGAUCUUAUCUAUGAAAAUGCUACAGUAGUCCGCAAUUUUCAAAGCGAAAAUGCUUAGUUCUAAAGCACUGGGGAUCCUGGCACUGGAGCUGAUGAGAGCAAUAUGGACAUAGCAAUGUUUUUUCCCAAUGUUUUAUUGUCUAUAAUCUGAAUCAAGCCUAUGCACUAUACCUCAAGUGAGGUGCUAA